AUGUCGCUUUUUUCCAAUCCAUUCACUAUCAAGAAAACCAAACCGCGAAAGUAUGUUUCGCGUAGCCCACUCAAACUACCAGCUGAUGAAAUGGCUCGUGAAUUAGGCCCACGCUACGGAGAGAUUGAUGUUAGAGUAGCCGAGAAGAAGAUUGUCUUCGAUCUUGAAAAUGGCGAUUGGAAUACUGCGGGCGCAGAAAGUCUCGGCAGUGGAGCAUCGAGUGCUUCGGCACAAAAACUCAACAAACAAGUGACAGUUUUACAAGAAGAGAAUAAUAUGUUAAAACUAAAAGUUGACGUUUUAUUAAAUCUUGUUGCCGAAUCUAUUGCCGAAUUAUCAUCUACACAGAAGUGA